CAAUUCUCUUUCCGGCUCUGACUGCAUAGGUUACGCUUAUGAGGCUGUCACGUGUUGAACGAACGACUCGAAUCCGAAGACUUGUCAGAUAAGAGUUUGAAGAGUCUAUGUCAUCUGGCCAUGAACUACUGAUCUUCUCAUGUUGUUGUUGCUCCUGAGCUGCUGAAAAACAUUGAAAAGAUAACUCAGAAUCCUACAAAAAGAGACAACAUUAUGCAUCUGCACUUCACUAGAUCUACUAGAUCAUCUGAGGGAUUUGUCUGAAUCAAGAUGCUGCUGAUCAUUGAAGCUCUUCUCAUUUUAGCUGCUCUAGGACAGAGGAUCACAGAGCUGCUGUUGAAGGACAGAUAUUUCCAUUGGAUAAGACACUGAAUUCUGCUGAUGACAAAUAUAAAGGCUGUACAAAGGAAAUGGUGAAUCUGGUGAAGACGAAAUACCUAGAGAAGGAAAUGCAAUCUAAUUUUGCAAUUGCUUGGAAACAUGCUGAAAAGAAUUACAAGCCACCAGGAGAUAACUUGAAAAAGAACCAUUCAAUCGCUAUUUAUGUGUACAAUAACACUAAGUUUGAGAUAUAUAAGGAUUUCAAUAAUGCUGUUGAAUGCAUAAUGAAAAAGUACCAAAACAUGAAAUUCAAAUGGUAUUCACUUCACUUUCUGUUAACAGAUUCAGUACAGAUUCUGAAUAAAAUACAAAAAGGAUCAGCACUUGAUAUGGACUUAAUGGCCUGUUGGAGAGAGCGACCCUUCACCCCUAUUUUUCUCAGCAAAUUGGUGAUAGAUGUUGCAACAAAUCCCCUGCAUCCCACCUCUACUGGGAAGAUGCUAGUCUUCCAGCCGUUCUGGGAUGCUUCAGCUGCCAGAUUCAAAUUUGACAUAAUAUUCUAUGACAAGGAGGAAGAGGUGGUGAUUCCUCCAUAUGAGAAGUUUAAAGUCAUUGCUGUCAGGACAAGAAAAGGUCAGAAAGAUCUCUGGUGUGACACUGUGUAUGUGUUGAAAAGCUCUGGAAACAGAAGUGACCUGAACUGUGCCUUAUUGAACAUUGAAGUAAUGUGUUGUGCACUGAACAAAAUGCUUAAAUUCAAAUGAUAAAAUCAUGUACAUCAGCUCUAUAUAUAGAAUGUUUUUCUCUAAGUUUUGUUCAAUAAUUAUUUGUUAGAAAACACAAUUUGUUUACAUAACUUCAGCAUAAUGAAAUAAAGUUACUUUUAUGUGACCCAAUUCAGCGGCCUUUAAGUGAUUUUAUAUUUUUUCUAAAACAUUUCUUUGUUUACUUACACAUUUUUACUGAACAAUUUUAGUGCUUGCUAGCAAUAUCAUAGCCACCAAUACAGCUUACAGCAAAAAAUGUUAUCAAUACAAAAAAAGAGAGAUUUUGUUGUUGAAUUUAAUUUGUUUCAGUAAACUUAAACAUAAAUUCAAUCCACUUAAAUAUUUUAAAAUAAAAACUGACUUAAUAUUUUUCAGCUGAAUCUUAAUCAGGAGACCGAUAAGAGUUUCUAUGUUUUUGGAGUUUUUGUGGUUUUCAUUGUGCAGAAGAGUGAAACUUGUGGUUUUGUUGUGGACAGCUUUAAAAACACCAUGACGCUUUAGGAAAUGAGCAAUGAUGAUCUCACUACAUUAAGUCACAAAUGUUUAGUAGCUAGCAUUUAAAUGAAAAUGAUUAAUUUAAGUAGUAAAUAAUUGAGAAAUUCUAAUUAAUUAGGUUUUUUCAACAAAACAUUUAAUUAUUCAAGUCUUCUUACGUGAACAUUAGAAAAGCUUAUCUCAGUUUAAUUAAGUUCACUGAACAUCUUCUGAGUGUAUGCAUUUGAUAAAUAUGUAAGGAUCUAUACAUGAGCCUUACUCAUCUCAGACAGACAGGAAUUCAAGAGUUUUUCCUUCUUGAAACCACACAGACCAGACCUUCACAAGUGCUGCUUUAUCAGAGGAGAUGAGAAGAUUCACUCUUUUAACUCUUGGCCAUUCGAGCCGCAUAUUAGAGAUGUGUCUCUGGUACAAGUUAUAGUAGGCAAGUCUUUACUCACUUACUCAUUCGUGUUGUCAG